CCAGCAGGCGGCUCGUGCCUGCCUCGCCUCUCUUUCGCUCUCGCCCUGUCCCCUCCGCAGAGCAGGAGGGGGCGGCGACCGGGCAGGGCAGGCGGGUGAAAAAAAAAAAGGGGGGGUCUGUCAGACACCGGUGUCCCCCAUGAGCUCCGGUGGGGGAGACGGUGGUAGCCCCGGCGGCGGGGAUCUACCGCAGCAAAAACCCACCUCUCCUUCUGUGCCGCCUGGGACAGCAGCUGGGAAAGCGACUGGAGUCCCGCCCGGGCCGGGCCCUAGUAACCGCUCCGCGAAGGGCGGGACUGGCCAGAGCGAGAAACCCGAGACCCGCUCGGUGUGUAGUAACAGCAGCUGGGAAGCCGGCGGGGGCGGUGCCGGCCCCAUCUGCAAGAUCUGCUUCCAGGGCGCUGAGCAGGGUGAGUUGCUAAAUCCUUGUCGCUGUGAUGGCUCUGUAAGAUAUACACAUCAACUCUGCCUACUGAAGUGGAUCAGUGAAAGAGGAUCAUGGACUUGUGAACUCUGCUGUUACAGAUACCAUGUUAUAGCAAUUAAAAUGAAAAGGCCUUGCCAGUGGCAGAGCAUUACUGUAACUCUGGUUGAGAAGGUACAAAUGAUUGCUGUAAUUUUGGGAUCAUUAUUCUUAGUAGCAAGUGUAACUUGGCUUCUGUGGUCAGCCUUCAGUCCCUAUGCCGUAUGGCAAAGAAAAGACCUCCUUUUUCAAAUCUGCUAUGGAAUGUAUGGUUUUAUGGAUCUAGUAUGCAUAGGACUUAUUGUACAUGAAGGUGCAUCAGUUUGCAGAGUAUUUAAGCGUUGGAGGGCUGUCAAUUUGCACUGGGAUGUACAAAAUUAUGACAAAGCAACAGACAUAGAAGAGAGCACUCGAGGAGAAUCCUCCACAGCUAGGACUUUGUGGCUACCACUAAAUGCAUUGAGAAACAGAAAUUUAGUUCAUUCAACACAGUUAACUUCACCAAGAUUUCAAUGUGGCUAUGUUUUAUUACAACUCUUCAGUCGAAUGAGACCUCCAGAGGAUUCAUCAGAUGACAACAGUUCUGGGGAGGUUGUUAUGAGAGUGACUUCAGUGUAAAAGUUAUGAUCAUUAUGCUUCACAAACAAAGACAUUUUGCCCAGAACUUGUGAAAUAUCCUGGAAUGUAAUGCAAUGAAUGGUGAAACCAUAGCACAUAAAAAUAUAUAAACUUUUUUAGUUUAUGCUUUUAUAUGAUCAGUUGAAUUGCAAAUACAUUCUCCCAAGAAAGUAUUUCUUUCUUUUUAUACCAUGAUUUAUUACUUUUUAUCUAUUUGUACUUGGCAUUUAUAAAAAUAUAAUUUAACAGUAGCUUUAAUAAUGUGAAGACAAAUAUUUUAAACUACAACUAUUUUUGAUAGAUUUAAAUGUAUUUUUAAAGUUCUAUGUCAUCUAUAAUUUUCCAGUUAUAGUAAAUUAAAUUAAUGACAUAGCUUGAGGUAAGGAAACAAUAGAAAUUCAUCUACAUAAUUUCAGUUUGGGAAAUAAGUAUAUGUUUUAUUUUGGUCUUUGGACAAACAGUGUUAUUUUGGGAUUGGAUAGGGGUCUUGUGCUGUAAACUAAGAGUUGAAAAACAUAAUAUUGCAUUCUUGAAAAUAAAGAAAUUAAUUAUCUGUGAUUCACAGAUAUACACAUCACCUGGGAUCCAAGAUAUUCUUAUCCAUAUUUAAUGAUACAGGUUCAAUGAAGCAAUUUUAGAGUUAUUUUAUGGAAAAAGGGGAAAUCAGCAUUUAAAUAAACAUUUCAUGUAGGACAAAAAAAAAAGUUCCACAAUUGUUUUCAGGAUUUAUGACUGUAAACAUUUAGGAAGAUGGUUUGUUUCUUAUUUCACGACAAUUCUAUUUGAUUUUAUUUUCAAAUUAGCUAAAUUAAAUUCAGUUACACUGAAAGAAAUUUU